AUGGAUGAAGACGAGGACGAGAACGGUCUGAAUGCUCUGCACCUGGCAGCUAAGGAGGGCCAUGAGGACCUGGUGGAAGAACUACUGGAGAGAGGCUCCGCCGUCGACUCUGCUACCAAGAAAGGGAACACAGCCCUCCACAUCGCCUCAUUGGCCGGACAGAAGGAAGUGGCUCGACUGCUGCUGAAGAGAGGCGCCGACAUCAACGCCCAAUCACAGAAUGGCUUCACUCCUCUCUACAUGGCAGCCCAGGAGAACCACCUGGAGGUGGUCAGAUACCUGCUGGAGAAUGGAGGGAACCAGAGCGCUGCUACUGAGGAUGGGUUCACCCCCCUGGCCAUAGCCUUGCAGCAGUGUCAUAACCAGGUAGUUUCUCUCCUCCUGGAACAUGACACCAAGGGCAAGGUGCGGCUGCCUGCCCUGCACAUCGCUGCCCGGAAGGAUGACACCAAGGCAGCUGCCCUGCUGCUACAGAAUGACCACAACGCUGACGUUCAGAGCAAGAUGAUGGUUAACAGAACUACAGAGAAUGGGAAGAGUGGGUUUACCCCCCUGCACAUCGCUGCUCACUAUGGCAACGUGAAUGUCUCCACCCUCCUGCUCAACCGAGGAGCCGCCAUAGACUUCACCGCCAGGAAUGGGAUAACUCCUCUCCAUGUGGCCUCUAAGAGAGGGAACACCAACAUGGUAGCUCUACUGCUGGAUAGAGGAGCUCAGAUAGAUGCCAAGACCAGGGACGGCCUCACUCCUCUACAUUGUGCAGCGCGGAGUGGACAUGAUCCCGCCAUAGAACUGCUGCUGGAGAGAGGAGCACCCAUACUGGCUAGGACCAAGAACGGUCUCUCCCCCCUCCACAUGUCGGCUCAGGGAGACCACGUGGAGUGCGUCAAACACCUGCUGCAGCACAAGGCGCCUGUUGAUGAUGUCACCCUGGACUACCUGACGGCGCUGCAUGUCGCCGCCCACUGUGGUCACUACCGAGUCACCAAGCUACUGCUGGACAAGAGGGCCAACCCCAACGUUAGGGCUCUGAAUGGGUUCACUCCGCUGCACAUCGCCUGCAAGAAGAACCGCGUGAAGGUGAUGGAGCUGCUGGUGAAAUACGGAGCCUCUGUCCAGGCCGUCACGGAGUCCGGUCUGACCCCCAUCCACGUGUCAGCCUUUAUGGGUCACCUCAACAUGGUGCUGCUGCUGCUGCAGAACGGAGCCUCGCCUGACAUCUGCAACAUCCGUGGUGAGACGGCGUUACACAUGGCGGCCCGUGCUGGUCAGAUAGAGGUGGUUCGAUGUCUCCUGAGGAAUGGAGCUCUGGUCGACGCCAUGGCAAGAGAGGACCAGACCCCCCUCCACAUCGCGUCCCGUCUGGGGAAGACAGAGAUCGUCCAGCUGUUACUGCAGCACAUGGCUCAUCCCGACGCCUCCACUACUAAUGGAUACAGUCCUCUGCACAUCGCUGCCAGGGAGGGACAGUUGGAGACCACCGCUGUGUUGUUGGAGGCUGGGGCUUCACACUCACUGGCUACCAAGAAAGGAUUCACUCCUCUACAUGUAUCAGCCAAGUAUGGAAGCCUGGAGGUGGCAAAACUCCUCCUGCAGCGCAAAGCUAUGCCUGACGAAGCCGGCAAGAACGGUCUGACUCCGCUGCACGUGGCAGCUCACUAUGACAACCAGCAGGUGGCGCUGUUGCUGCUGGACAAAGGGGCGUCGCCCCACGCCACCGCCAAGAACGGAUACACGCCACUCCACAUCGCUGCCAAGAAGAACCAGACGUCCGUCGCCUCGUCUCUGCUGCAGUACGGAGCUGAGGCCAACGUCCUGACCAAACAGGGGGUCACCCCUCUACACCUGGCCUCACAGGAGGGGCACAGUGACAUGACCAGUCUGCUGCUGGGCAAGGGGGCACACGUCAACACUCCCACUAAGAGUGGUCUGACACCCCUCCACCUCACAGCCCAGGAGGACAGAGUGAAUGCAGCAGAAGUUCUGGCCAAACGUGAUGCUAACCUGGACCAGCAAACCAAGCUCGGCUACACUCCUCUCAUUGUUGCCUGUCACUAUGGAAACGUAAAGAUGGUCAACUUCCUCUUGCAGCAGGGCGCCAGUGUCAACGCCAAAACCAAGAACGGUUACACUCCGCUUCACCAGGCAGCGCAGCAGGGACACACACACAUCAUCAACGUCCUGUUACAGCAUGGAGCGACACCCAACACUACCACUGCUAAUGGGAACACUGCUCUGUCCAUUGCCAGGCGUCUGGGUUACAUAUCUGUCGUUGACACUCUGAAGGUUGUCACAGAAGAGGUCAUCACCACCACAACGACUGUGACAUCAGAGAAACACAAGAUGAAUGUUCCGGAGACCAUGACGGAGAUACUGGACGUGUCAGAUGAGGAGGGUGAGGACACUAUGACAGGUGAUGGAGGGGAGUACCUGAGAGCUGAGGACCUGCGGGAGCUGGGAGACGACUCUCUACCUGGACAAUACCUGGACGGAUUCAACUACAUGAGCCACAACCUGGACAGGUCUCAUCAGACCCCUGUCCACCAGAGAGAUGGAGUCCUGAUUGAAGACAUGAUCACCAGCCACCAGGUGUCGUCUCUGUCCAGAGAGAAUGAGAAGGACUCCUUCAGACUGAGCUGGGGAGCAGAGCACCUGGACAACGUAGUGCUGUCAUCUAGCCUGCUGCACUCUGGCCAAUCCUCCCCGUGCCUAGACCAUGACAACAGCAGCUUCCUGGUCAGUUUCAUGGUGGACGCCAGGGGUGGGGCCAUGCGUGGUUGCCGUCACAACGGGCUGCGCAUCAUCGUGCCGCCCAGGAAGUGUUCCGCUCCGACGCGGGUGACGUGCCGCCUGGUGAAGAGGCACCGCCUGGCGUCCAUGCCCCCCAUGGUGGAGGGGGAGGGGCUGGCAGGACGUAUCAUCGAGGUCGGCCCCACCGGGACACAGUUCCUCGGUAAGCUCCACCUCCCCACGGCCCCACCCCCUCUCAACGAGGGAGAGAGUCUUGUCAGCAGGAUACUACAGCUGGGGCCUCCUGGCACCAAGUUCCUGGGGCCGGUGAUUGUGGAGAUCCCUCACUUCGCGGCCCUGCGGGGCACGGAGCGGGAGCUGGUGAUUCUGAGGAGUGAGAUGGGGGAGAGCUGGAGGGAACAUCACUGUGAACACACUGAGGAGGAACUCAACCAAAUACUGAAUGGCAUGGACGAGGAGCUGGACUCUCCUGAGGAGCUGGAGAAGAAGAGGAUCUGCCGUAUCGUCACCAGGGACUUCCCACAAUACUUUGCGGUGGUGUCGCGCAUCAAGCAGGACAGCCAACUGAUUGGUCCCGAGGGAGCGGUGUUGAGUAGUACUCUGGUCCCUCAGGUCCAGGCUGUGUUCCCAGAGGGGGCUCUCACUAAGAAGAUCAGGGUUGGACUUCAGGCCCAGCCAAUCAGCGUAGACCUGGUGAAGAGGAUUCUAGGUAACAAAGCUACUUUUAGCCCCAUCGUUACCUUGGAGCCCAGGAGGCGGAAGUUCCACAAGCCAAUCACCAUGACGAUCCCUGUCCCCAAAAGCUCGACCAAUGACGGGACAGGCAACGUGUUUGGAGGGGACACGCCCACUCUGCGUCUGCUCUGCAGCAUCACUGGUGGAACCACUCCUGCCCAAUGGGAGGACAUCACUGGCUCCACCCCCCUCACCUUCAUCAACCAAUGUGUGUCCUUCACCACCAACGUGUCAGCAAGGUUCUGGCUGAUAGACUGUCGUCAGACCCAGGAGGCUGUGGGUUUCUCUACCCAGCUGUACAGAGAGAUCAUCUGUGUCCCCUACAUGGCCAAGUUCGUCAUCUUCGCCAAGACGCUGGACCCCAUCGAGGCCCGCCUCCGCUGCUUCUGCAUGACGGACGACAAGAUGGACAAGACGCUGGAACAGCAAGAGAACUUCACAGAGGUGGCCCGGAGUAGAGACGUAGAGGUAUUGGAAGGGAAGCCUAUCUUUGCAGACUGUUUUGGGAACCUGGUUCCUCUGACCAAGAGUGGACAGCAUCACGUCUUCAGCUUCUACGCAUUCAAAGAAAACCGUCUCGCACUCUUCAUCAAGAUUCGUGACUGCGCUCAGGAGCCAUGUGGCAGACUGUCCUUCACCAAGGAGCCCCGCACCUACCGUAGUCUUACCCACAAGGCAAUCUGCAACCUGAACAUCACGCUGCCCACCUACUGCAAGGAGUCUGAUUCAGACCUCGACGCAGAUGACGAGAGUGACAAGAGUGACAAAAAAUACUACGACGAGACAGAGUCGACAGAGACUUACACGCUGCCGACCAAUCAGGUGCUAGACCCAGCCAUGCUGGCCAGCCCUGACCUCCUUUCAGAGGUCUCCGAUAUGAAACACGACCUCAUCAAGAUGUCUGCCGUCUUGACGACAGAGCAAACUGAACACCCAAGCCCUUCGGAUAGAGGAAGAGGAGGAGGAGGAAGAGGAGGAGGAAGGACAGGGAUGGAGGAAGAACCCGGGGAGCCGUUUGAGAUCAUGGAACAGGUGAAAGAGGAUCUGGAGAAGGUUGGAGAUAUUUUACGAGGGGGAGAUACUACAUUCACAAACAACAAAGAGAAGGUACUGCAGAUGUCCAAAAUGGAGGACGAGGAGUGGGUUAUCUCUCAGACUAAAGCCAAAGCCAUGACUCCCUCUGAUGGUCAGGAGCCGGUAAUACAAGAAGUCAGCAUUCAGAGGAAGACCUCUUCCACAAUGACCAAAGAGGUUAGAGAUAUGUCAGGUGUGGUAUCUCACCUCAGUGGAGGCGUGAACCAGCACCUAGAAGAGAGAUCUGGCGUAACCAGUUUCCCACUACAGGACAUCAUAGUCCAGGAGAGAUUAGAUCAGGUCGUUCUGAAGCGGGAAGGCAAACGCCAUCCUCCAGAGAUCAAAAAGCCGAUCAGGAAGAAGUUGAGGGACAGGGAACGUUCUGGAUGCAGCAGUUCAGAGGGGGAGCUGGAGAGAAUGAGCUCUGAGGAGUCCCUUGAUGGGGAUGUUGUUCUGGGAGAGCCGAGGCAGGAAGUGGUUCCCGGGUCUGAGCCUCCACCAGUGUCGCCCCUGGUCGUGGAAACCCCAAUCGGAUCCAUAAAGGACAGAGUGAGAGCUCUGCAAAAGAAGGUUGAGGAAGAGGAAGAGGGGGAGGAUGGCCGUAAGCGAAAGCCUACACAGGCGCCAGUCCCUCAGAACACAACUUUCAUCACCAUCACUAAGGAGACGGGUGAGCCCCAGAUGCCAGAUCUUCCUAAGCUUCCCAGAUCUCCGAAAUCCCCUCGGUCUCAGACGGAGAGGCUGGAGGAGACGAUGUCUGUCCGGGAGCUGAUGAAGGCAUUCCAGACUGGCCAGGAUCCUUCCAAGAACAAAACGGGGCUCUUCGAGCACAAAGCCAUGACGUCAUCCACAACCUCCACGUCGAGCUCCGAGGCAGUGAUCUACAGUGAGACCUACAGAGCUGAAACCAGUCUCACAGAGCAUACGCCAUCAGAAACUCCAACUUCCACAAUCCUCUGCUCGCAGAGUGAUGUCCUGGCUCUCCAUUACAAAGGGGUGGAUGAUGAAUCACAUCUGAUCUUAGUAAGAGACCACUCUGAAGACUCUAAGAUAACUCAUGUCUUAGAAAGAGACCACUCUGAAGACUCUGAGAUAACUCAUGUUACGGUUCAGUUGCAGGAGUCAGCGACUAACAUCAACAGAAUACAACCAGAGGACAGAUGGAUCCCUCUAGACAGGGCUCUACCAGAGGAUGGAGGUAUCCUCCUAGACAGGGUUCUGCCAGAAGGUGGAGAGAUCCUCCUAGACAGGGCUUUACUGGAGGAUGGAGAGAUUCUCCUAGACAGGGCUCUGCCAGAGGGUGGAGAGAUCCUCCUAGACAGGGCUCAACUGGAGGAGGGAGGGAUCCUCCUAGACAUGGCUCUACCAGAGGAUGGAGGGAUUCUCCUAGACAGGGCUCUACCAGAGGACGGAGGAAUCAUCCUAGACAGGGCUCAACCAGUGGAUGGAGGGAUCCUCCUAAACAGGGCUCUACCAAAGGACAGACAAAUCCUCCUAGACAGGCCUCAACCAGAGUACGGAGGGAUCCUCCUACACAGGGCUCUACCAGAGGACGGAUGGAUCCCUCUAGACAGGGCUCUACCAGAGGACGGAGGGAUCCCUCUAGACAGGGCUCUACCAGAGGACGGAGGGAUCCCUCUAGACAGGGAUCUACCAGAUGAUGGAGGGAUCCUCCUAGACAGGGCUCUACGAGAGGACGAAGGGAUCCCUCUAGACAGGGAUCUACCAAAGGACAGAGGGAUCCCUCUAUACAGGGCUCUACCAGAGGACGGAGGGAUCCUCCUAGACAGGGCUCUACCAGAGGACGGAGGGAUCCCUCUAGACAGGGCUCUACCAAAGGACGGAGGGAACCUCCUAGACAGGGCUCUACCAAAGGACGGAGGACUCCCUCUAGACAGGGAUCUACCAAAGGACAGAGGGAUCCCUCUAGACAGGGCUCUACCAGAGGACGGAGGGAUCAUCCUAGGCAGGGCUCUACCAGAGGACGGAGGGAUCAUCCUAGGCAGGGCUCUACCAGAGGACGGAGUGAUCCAACUAGACCGGGAUCUAACAGAUACUGGAGGAAUCGUCCUAGACAGGAUUCUACCAGAGGACGGAGGGAUUCUCCUAGACAGGGGUCUACAAAGAGAUGGAGGGAUCCCUCUAGACAGUGAUCUUCCAAAGAACAGUUGUAUCCUCCUAGACAGGGCUCUACCAGAGGAUGGAGGGAUCUUCCUAGACAGGGCUCAACCAGAGGACGGAGGGAUCCACCUAGACAGGGCUCUACCAGAGGAUGGAGGGAUCAUCCUAGACAGGGCUCUACCAGAGGACGGAGGGAUCCUCCUAGAUCGGGAUCUAUCAGAAAAUGGAGGAAUCUUCCUAGACAGGGCUCUACCUGAGGACAGAGGGAUCCUCCUAGACGGGGCUCUACCAGAGGAUGGAGGGAUCCUCCUAGACAAGGCUCUACCAGAGGACGGAGGGAUCCUCCUAGACAGGGCUCAACCAGAGGAUGGCGGGAUCCCUCUAGACAGGACUCUACCAGAAGAUGGAGGGAUUCUCCUAGACAGGGCUCUACCAGAGGAUGGAGGGAUCAUCCUAGACAGGUCUCUACCAGAGGACGGAGGGAUCCUCCUAGACAGGGCUCUAUCAGAGGACAGAGAGAUCCUCCUAGACAGGCUUCUAGCAGAGGAUGGCGGGAUCCCUGUCGACAGGGCUCUACCAGAGGACGGAGGGAUCUUACUAGGCAGGGCACUACCAGAGGACGGAGGGAUCCACCUAGACAGGGCUCUACCAGAGGACGGAGGGAUCAUCCUAGACAGGGCUCUACCAGAGGACGGAGGGAUCCUCCUAGAUCGGUAUCUAUCAGAAAAUGGAGGAAUCUUCCUAGACAGGGCUCUACCCGAGGACAGAGGGAUCCUCCUAGACAGGGCUCUACCAGAGGAUGGAGGGAUCCUCCUAGACAGGGCUCAACCAGAGGAUGGCGGGAUCCCUCUAGACAGGGCUCAGCCAGGAGAUGGAGGUAUCCUGCUAGACAGGGCUCAACCAGAGGAAGGAGGGAUCCCUCUAGACAGGACUCUACCAGAAGAUGGAGGGAUUCUCCUAGACAGGGCUCUACCAGAGGAUGGAGGGAUCAUCCUCGACAGGUCUCUACCAGAGGACGGAGGGAUCCUCCAAGACAGGGCUCUAUCAGAGGACAGAGGGAUCCUCCUAGACAGGCUUCUAGCAGAGGAUGGCGGGAUCCCUGUCGACAGGGCUCUACCAGAGGACGGAGGGAUCUUACUAGGCAGGGCACUACCAGAGGACGGAGGGAUCAUCCUAGAUAGGGCUCUGCCAGAGGAUGGAUGGAUCCUUCUAGACAGGGCUCUACCAGAGGAUGGAGGAAUCCUCCUGAACAGGGCUCUACCAGAGGACAGAGGGAUCAUCCUAGACAGGGCUCUACCAGAGGACGGAGGGAUCCUUCUAGACAGGGCUCUACCAGAGGAUGGAGGAAUCCUUCUAGACAUGGCUCUACCAGAGGAUGGAGGGAUCUUCCUAGACAGGGCUCUACCAAAGGAUGGAUGGAGCAGCCCAGAGAUGAUUCAGCUGGAGGAACCAGAGAUGGGACCAGACAGGAAGUCUUCUACAGAUAUGAUGCAGCUGGAGGAACCAGAGAUGGGUCCAGACAGGAAGUCUUCUAUAGAGAUGAUGCAGCUGGAGGAACCAGAGAUGGGACCAGACAGGAAGUCUUCUAUAGAGAUGAUGCGGCUGGAGGAACCAGAGAUGGGACCAGACAGGAAGUGUUCUACAGAGAUGAUGCAGCUGGAGGAACCAGAGAUGGGACCAGACAGGAAGUAUUCUAUAGAGAUGAUGCGGCUGGAGGAACCAGAGAUGGGACCAGACAGGAAGUCUUCUAUAGAGAUGAUGCGGCUGGAGGAACCAGAGAUGGGACCAGACAGGAAGUCUUCUAUAGAGAUGAUGCGGCUGGAGGAACCAGAGAUGGGACCAGACAGGAAGUGUUCUACAGAGAUGAUGCAGCUGGAGGAACCAGAGAUGGGACCAGACAGGAAGUAUUCUAUAGAGAUAAUGCGGCUGGAGGAACCAGAGAUGGGACCAGACAGGAAGUGUUCUACAGAGAUGAUGCAGCUGGAGGAACCAGAGAUGGGACCAGACAGGAAGUAUUCUAUAGAGAUGAUGCGGCUGGAGGAACCAGAGAUGGGACCAGACAGGAAGUCUUCUAUAGAGAUGAUGCAGCUGGAGGAGCCAGAGAUGAGACCAGACAGGAAGUCUUCUAUAGAGAUGAUGCAGAUCAGCCCGGACAGGAAACCCUCUGAGGACUUUAGCGCUGACAUCAAGGCCGAGCUGGAGGACAGUCCAGAGUACCAGCUGUUCAGACAGACCUCGUUUAUAGGGGAUGACGACCACCCCCAGGCUGAAGCAGCCGAGGAGGAGAUCCCAGCAGACUACCCAAACGACACCCCAACCUUCAUGUUCAGCCCCUGUAUGCACGAAGACAGGCGGGAUGAGUUAUUCACUAAGGCUGAGAACCUGGUGGGGAAUGAAAGCCCUGUGAGUCUGAAGCAUGAAGGUGCAGCGGACUCUCCCGGGACUAGCCUAGGAACCAGGACUCCCCAUUCAAGCACGGGGGAGAGUGAGAAACACGAAGGAUUAGCAGACACCCCACAGAUGAGCCCACUCACAUUCCCCACUCAGGAGGUUGACCUGCCCACAGUUUAUAAAGAGACAGAGAUAAUGGAUGGGAUGAAAGUACGAGGAGAUGUGAUUCAUGGUGAUGAAGAAAUCUUUCCAGAAACUGAAGAUUUAGUCAUAGAAACCAUAUCAGUGACUCUGUCCCCUGUUCGGGAACCGCUGUUACAAGAAGUCACGAUCCAUCGGAAAACCUCCCCCAGACCGGUUAAAGUGGUGAGAGAUAUGUCAGGGAUGGAGUCCCUCCUCAGGGGAGAUAUGGAUCACUACCUAGAACAGAGACCAUCACCUGUCCGUGGCGCUGAAGUGAUGACAGUUCAGGAACCACUGUUACAAGAAGUCAGGAUGGAAAGGAAAACCUCCCCCAGACCGGUUACAGUGGUGAGCGAUAUGUCAGGGAUGGAGUCCCUCCUCAGAGGAGAUAUGGAUCACUACCUAGAACAGAGAUGUAUGGUAAAUCGUGGUUCACCAAAGGAUGACAUCGACCAACAACAGAGUUUCAAACAGACCAUCCUUGCCAGGGAUGACAAGCAACAAUCACUUAUUUUCUCCACAAAGGAGGUAGACAUGUCUACAGAAGAUACAGAGACAGAAAAAGAAGACUGGUGGAAAGUGCAAGAUGGUGGCUCUCGGGGUGCCGAACCGAUAAUCUUGAACCCAGUUCAGGAGCCGAUGUUACAAGAAGUCAUGAUCGAAAGGAAGACAUCGCCCAGACCAGCUGUAGGAGUUAAAGAUACGUCGGGCAUGGAGGCACUCCUCAGUGGAGAUUUAGAACAGUACCUAGAAGACAGACCUGUAGAUCUCAGUGGUGUACCGGAGGACGACAUCGUACAAGUGAGAUUUGAACAGGUUGUGAUUACACGGGAGGGAAAACAGGAAACCCACACGUUCUCCACUGAGCAGGUAGACCGGUCCGCAGCAGAUAAAGUGACAAAGCGAGAUGUUGUUAAUGUAGUGCAAGUAGGAGCCGCGGAGGACGGUGUCAUCUACGGUGAAGAGGAAGCUUCAGAAAGUUCAGCUACUACAGUGAUACGUUCAAGAGACUCAAAGAAGGUGACCUUUGACCUUCAAAGGACGUUUGUUUCAGCUCUCCCUUCUCAAGCCUCUGAAGAGGACGACCAGAUCCCUGUUGAGACAAGACCCAUCUUAGAGGACUGGGAUGAUUUAGAGAUAAAACCAUCGUACCACAAAACUACAGACCUUUCAAACUCAAACCUAAACAUGCAAGACUCAAUUUCAGCAGACAGAAUUGCUCCUGAAUCUAGUUGGGUUGUACCAGAGCGCCAUGAAAGGGAUUCAGCUGAUCAUGGAGCUGUGCACAGUCCAGACGGUGUGGGUCAGGCCCUCAGACCUGCAGACUUAGAGGUGCUCUUUCCUUUGACCCUGGGCCACCCAGAGAGACGACUCUCCCAUGGGGAUUCUCUGGAGACCAGUCCUGUCAUGGAUGAAGGUUCCUCCAGGAAGUCCCCUGACUCUAUAGAGCCAAGCUCAAACGGGGACUCACCCUGCCUUGACUCACUGGAGAGCAGCCCCACUGAACUGAAACAAGACACAGGCUUUCAGGCGACAAAGAAGACAGCUGUGUAUGAAGACUACUACUCUCAGCUUAGAGCCUGUCUCGGUGAGGAGCACGUCAGCAACAUUGAGAAUGAGGAUUACUCCAAACGGACUUAUCAAAUGGAUGGUGAGCGCGAGGGUCCCCUCCCAUUGAAGGGCGGAGACCCUGAGUGGCUCUCCAUGCCCAUAAAUCUGAGCUCAAACCCUGAGGAUGAUAUGGACGACGUGGAUGCAGAGGGCAGCGGGACCGGCCAGAGACAGUUCACCCCAGAGGAGGAGAUGUUUAAAAUGGCCGCCAAGAUCAAAACCUUCGAGGAGAUGGAGCAGGACGUCAAAACGAAGACGGACGGGAAACCCUCAGACGGCUCCGUGUUAUCAGACUCUGAGGAUUAUGAAGAACGCCAGUCGGUCGUUGACCUGAUGGACAGGGAGGCGAAAUCAUCUAAGCCCAACACUGACGCCGGUACUCUUCAGUCUGAAACUAAAACUAUGGCUGAAAUCCAACACUCAGUCCCGGGUGCAGUAACUGCGUUGGAUAGUUCAGUUCACUGUGAAGCCUCAGGACAUUCACCAUCAGGAAGACAGGUCUCUGAGCACCUCGAAUAUCGAUCACUAAGCACUGAAAAAGAACAAUAUACCACAGAGAACAUCAGUGAAAAUAUCAAUGAAUGUACUCAGCAGAAAGAGAAGAUGGAUGUAAUAUCAGCUAUGCAAGCACACGAGGAGGAGAUGGAUCAGUCACAGUUGAGUGUCAGUCAGUCUGGUGAAAGUCAGUCAGUCAAAGCACAGGUGUUGUGCACCGACGAUGAACGCUUCAAGGAGGUGGAGGAUGCGGAUGGUAAGGCAGCCAUGUUGGAAAUGCAUCCCGAAGACAUGCCUGUUCAAGGAGAGCUGGUCCCAUGGAGUGCCAUGCCAGAUGACAACGAAGAUGACAAUGACGACGAAGCCUUCACAGCACGUGUGGAGGCGGAGGAACAAAGGAUUAUGGGUCUCAUGGAAGACCGCCGUACCCCUGACACCACACCGGGUCGCACACCAAUCGAGGGGGCACCCAAUCCCUUCCAGUUCCAGGAAGGGAAGUUCUUCGAGAUGACCAGAGGGGGUGCUAUCGACAUGACAAGGAGGAGCGUUGAAGAGGAGGGCGAGGGCUAUGCCUUCUUUCACAUAGGAGAACACCCAGUUGACCAGGUUCUGUUCGAGGACACAGGAGAUUGCGCAAGCCCCAAUGUUCUCAGAGCAGAACAGACUAUUGCCAUUGGUGAUCUACACCUCCAGAAGGUGGACCAAACCAAAGAUGAUUAUGACUCCUCCUUCCAGACUAUACCAUUACCCGAGGCUGAUGAGAGGGGGAAACCAGUGGCCAAACCCAGUACCUCCAUCAAAAUGGAGCCAAAAGCUGAAACAUUCCCCCUGCUAGAAUCUAAGAUGGGAAGCUUCUUAGAGGUAGGUUCUCCAGACCCGACUAUAGCUGAACUCCAGAUGUUUACCACCACUACUCUUGUCACCCGCUCUGUGUACUCUGAACAGGUCCGCCAGUCAUCUGACUCAUCCCUUGAGGAUGAAGAAGAAGAGGAAGAGGAGCAGGGUUCUGUCAUUGAGAUGCCCGCUGGCUAUUAUGACUCAGUGGCACCCCCUAGUGUCCUGCAAGGGUACGACAGCUUGACAGGGUCUGACACCUCAAUGGCACCCCCUAGUGUCCUGCAAGGGUAUGACACCUCGGCAGGGUCUGACACCUCAGUGGCACCCACUAGUGUCCUGGCAGGGUCUGACACCUCUAGUGUCCUGGAAGGGUCUGACGUCUCAGUGGCACCCCAUAGUGUCCUGGCAGGGUCUGACACCUCUAGUGUCCUGGAAGGGUCUGACAUCUCAGUGGCACCCCCUAGUGUCCUGGCAGGGUCUGACACCUCUAGUGUCCUGGAAGGGUCUGACAUCUCAGUGGCACCCCCUAGUGUCCUGGCAGGGUCCUACACCUCCGCAGACACUGUGGCUAAGGACGAAAGCAGUUUCAAAUCAAAGAUACCCAUCAAAGCUGGUUCAGUGAAAUCAGACCUCGGCCUUGAGCAGAAGUCAAAAGUGGAGGAAUCUCUUGUUCAGGACCGGAGGACGAGGUCCGAGGAGGAUUUUGGAGCCGGGAAGAAAAUAUUAACUGACAAAGACAGCAGGAGUCACUCCGACAGCGACCAUCCUGCAACUAAAUCCAAACCUCUCACCUCCAGACUCCCUGUCAUGGGCAAACACAAACCCACAGCCCACUCCUCCUCCUCUUCCCAGCCCGACAGAGACCAGGGCUCUGACGUACGAGAGCCUUCCCUCCGAUCCUCUCUGGAUGUCGACGACAUCAGCAGCAGCGGUGAUCACAACAGUCCAGAUUCUGUGAUCUUCAAGUAUGACAGACCAACGCCUCGCAGAUCUGCCCCGGACACGAGGGCUUUGUCGACUCAGACACGGGUUCGAGCUUCCUCGGUGACGGGGGAGGUGUUUGAGUCGAGACCCAUCUGGGAAGACUCAGUAGAAACUCAGAUGCAGCGAAUCUGGGAUGAUCGGACAACGGAGCGGCAGCAAGUGGAUUGGCACGACGAUGCAGACAGGAAAGAGGAGACGUUGGCUAUCGUUGCAGACCUGCUGGGGUUCAGCUGGACAGAGCUGGCGAGGGAGCUGGAGUUCAACGAGGAUGAGAUCCAGGAAGUGAGGACGGAGAACCCUAACUCUCUACAGGAGCAGAGCCACGCCCUGCUGCAGCGCUGGGCUGAGAGAGAGGGAAAACACGCCACCGAGGAGAGCCUGAUAAAGAGGCUGACCAAGAUCAACCGGAUGGACAUCGUCCACUUGAUAGAGACCCAGAUGAACAAGUCAACACAGGAGCAGACAUCCAGGACCUACGCAGAGAUAGAGAAGACUCUGGACCAGAGUGAAGUGUCUGUAGCCCUGUCCUCAGUGCAGGAGGACGUAGACAGCCUCAGACUGGUGAGGAGGGUGGACUCUUCUCCCAGACCGCCCCCAGCCGUCUCAGAGGAAGACUUAUCAGUAGCCUCCCUCCUUGACAUUCCUUCCUGGGCGGAGCCUAUGGGCCACACCCACUCGGAGAGCAUGCAUGGGCUAUUGGAGGACCUGGAGAUCACAACGGAGCUGAGCCCCAACCCGUGGACUUUGGAGGACACGGUAACAAGAGAGUCCACCACCGCCAGCGAGCAAGUAAGUCCCCCUCUGAACGUGAUUGGAGCAGAAACAUGGAGACUAGCGUCUCGGGUGUAUGGCCCCCAGUACCAAACAAGAGACCAGCCUCAGGGCCAGCGCAGCAGAAUUAGCAGUGGUCUGCUCCACCCUCAAAUGGGCGCAACUGGGCCUCUGCCAGCUGGUGUUGACCAAAUGUCCCCACCGGGGCGAGGCGAGGUUGAGCGUGAGCGCUGGCUGUCGCCGGAACAGCUCAGGAUGUUGUCUCCCAUCGUGAUCAGUGACUUUGGUCUGAGUCUGUCAGAGUCUGAGCAGGCAGAGACAGACUUCAGAGAACUCUGUGUUGGGUUUAGGGAGAUGCCACUGGACAGGACCCUGAACCCUAAAACCAAAGCCAGGUUCUCCAGAGAGGCCAGCACAGAAAUCUAUGACCACAGUCAUUUAGCUGAGUCUGACUGUAGCAACGUGUGUUCGCCUGAGAACCGUAGUCAGGCUUGUUCGCCUCAGGACUGUAGCCAUGGUCCGGCAAGUCUGGCCAUGGCUGAGGAGGCUGACCAGAGAACAGUGGCUGAGGAGGCUGACCAGAGAACAGAAAAGCACAUAGAAGAGAUAACGGCUCGUUUCUACCGGGCCAUGUACGGCUCAGAAGAAGUCCUGCAGGUCACUGAGAUGGUCCCCGAUCCCCCCAGGUCCGAAGACCGGUCAGAGAAACGCCUGGAGCUGGUAGCUCUCAGAAAGAACCAAUCACAGGUGGAGACACAGCUGUCGUUUAUUGACGAGCCAGGAGAGGGUUGUGCCAUGGCUCACUACAGCAUGGUAGAGCAAACCAACGUCCAAAAGAGCAUUGUUCGGCCGAAGCAAAGUCCGGCAACCAGCGAGGUCACUCCGAUGACACAUCUCCAGAUUCCAAAUUCCUUUGUAUUCAGUCCGUUAGCCCCUGAAAUGACAAUGCCCCCUGAGAAGAUGAGGGUAUCGCCAGAAAGUCCAGAAAAACGAUUGAAUCUGAACAAGGAGUCCUCUUCUUCCGAAACCAGUGCAGUGUUACCAGACCUUUUCAGCCACGACGCCAAAGACAGCCAAGGUGAUGAAGCACAAUCGUCAGGGAGCAAUCUAGAAGCACCCCCGGAGUCAGGGGCACCCACCCAGCUUGAUCAGCUGCUGUCGGAAUUUGAAGAAAUCAAACGGGAAUUCCGACCAGAAACUCUAGAACCACUGGACUCACCUCUUUCGGAAACCAGCGAAGGGGGUCUUGAAGAUCUACAACCUUAUGUUGAGUUUGAGGAACUCUUAUCCGAUGGAUAUCCCACUGAGGGUGAGGAAGAGAUCUCUAGUCCAAGUCCCUCAUCCCCUAUUCAGAUCACAUGGGAGCCGGCUGAAAUAAGCGUAGUGGCCUCAGUGCCGACCGAUCUCUAUGAAACCGACCCGGAGGUAUUUGGGGUGACCGCAGAUCUAAUCAAGACCUUCCCAGAGCCUAUCCAAGUUACAUCUGAUCCGGUUCAGUUGAGCCACUUGGAGUACCUGCAAACACACAGAGCAGGAAAAUCAGAUCUCACCGGUUCCAUACCUCUGGUUAGCCCCACAGCUGCUACCAAAUCCGUCGGAACACCGGAAUCUCCAGAACCAUGCCAUAAAGUUCUAGAACUGUCAUCAGAAUCAAUUUUUCCAUCUCAAAAGGUCCAGUCACUCGAACAUGAGGAUGCUGCUGUUUUUACCGAACCUUCAACUGUAGAAGAACAUCGGAUCAGUCUCCCACAGCAGGACCAGGAGACAGUUGAUGAAGAAUAUGACAACUCCAAAGAAACAUCAAGCAUUCAAGCUGCAGUCAAAAAGGCAUCUAUUGAACAAAGCAAAGUAUUGUGCGAAUCUGGGGGAUUAAUCACUGAGCCCAGCCAAUUGGUAGAUGAAACAUGCAUGAGCACUACCCCAGAAGUUGUGUCACAUUUAUGGGAUAGCACUCCCCCUGAAACCCUUGAAUACGAUGAGCAGUCGCCCCAGUCGCUCUCUGACGUGACUCCAGAGACCGUCACCGUCUCCAGGCACUUCAGCUUCGAGGAGUUGAUCCCUUACCAGAGUCAUAGGUACCUCAACAUGCUCUCUGAAGAGCUCAAGCCAAAUACCAGUGAGCAUCCAUCAGAGAAUCCAGUCACCCCCGUAGAGGAAGAGUUCAGUCCUCCAGUCACCCCUGUUGAGGUAAAGUCCCAUGUCUCCCAGCCCGGUCCAGUAGAACCCAGGGCAGAGAUGGUGUCAGCCCAGCCUGGUCCAGUAGAACCCAGGGCAGGGAUGGUGUCAGCCCAGCCUGGUCCAGUAGAACCCAGGGCAGAGAUGGUGUCAGCCCAGUCUGGUCCAGUAGAACCCAGGGCAGAGAUGGUGUCAGCUCAGCCUGAUCCAGUAGAACCCAGGGCAGAGAUGGUGUCAGCCCAGCCUGGUCCAGUAGAACCCAGGGCAGAGAUGGUAUCAGCCCAGCCUGGUCCAGUAGAACCCAGGGCAGAGAUGGUGUCAGCUCAGCCUGAUCCAGUAGAACCCAGGGCAGAGAUGGUGUCAGCCCAGCCUGGUCCAGUAGAACCCAGGGCAGAGAUGGUGUCAGCUCAGCCUGAUCCAGUAGAACCCAGGGCAGAGAUGGUGUCAGCCCAGCCUGGUCCAGUAGAACCCAGGGCAGAGAUGGUGUCAGCCCAGCCUGGUCCAGUAGAACCCAGGGCAGAGAUGGUGUCAGCCCAGUCUGGUCCAGUAGAUCCCAUGGCAGAGAUGGUGUCAGCUUACCCUGAUCCAGUAGAACCCAGGGCAGAGAUGGUGUCAGCCCAGCCUGGUCCAGUAGAACCCAGGGCAGAGAUGGUGUCAGCUCAGCCUGAUCCAGUAGAACCCAGGGCAGAGAUGGUGUCAGCCCAGUCUGGUCCAGUAGAACCCAGGGCAGAGAUGGUGUCAGCCCAGCCUGGUCCAGUAGAACCCAGGGCAGAGAUGGUGUCAGCCCAGCCUGGUCCAGUAGAACCCAGGGCAGAGAUGGUGUCAGCCCAGCCUGGUCCAGUAGAACCCAGGGCAGAGAUGGUGUCAGCCCAGCCUGGUCCAGUAGAACCCAGGGCAGAGAUGGUGUCAGCCCAGCCUGGUCCAGUAGAACCCAGGGCAGAGAUGGUGUCAGCCCAGCCUGGUCCAGUAGAACCCAGGGCAGAGAUGGUGUCAGCCCAGCCUGGUCCAGUAGAACCCAGGGCAGAGAUGGUGUCAGCCCAGCCUGGUCCAGUAGAACCCAGGGCAGAGAUGGUGUCAGCCCAGCCUGGUCCAGUAGAACCCAGGGCAGAGAUGGUAUCAGCCCAACCUGUUCCAGAGGUUACAGCAUCAGCCCAUGAUGAAGAGUUCUCCAUGGAGUUCAGCCUCCCUCCUGAGUAUGCUGAGGCAUCCUCCUCUAUCCACAAACCCAAUCCUCCGGCCUACGCAGAAGUCAUACGAGGCAGCACAACUUGGCACUUAUACGAAGACUCUGACCCGGAGACUUACUUUGACUGCAAACAGGGAGUCUCAGACUUCUCCGAGAUGGAACCUGACGAACUGAAGAAGAGGGAAA